AUGGGCGCCCUCACCGACAGCCGGAAGCGCCUCUCGGCGGACCACUGCCUCUCGGCCGACCACCGCCUCCCCUACCCCUCCUUCCCCCCGCCGUCCCUUACCCCUCCCUCCAAGCGGGCCAAGCUCGCCCCAUUCCCUGAACUCGAUCCCUCCACCUCCACCGUCCCGCCUAUCCGUCCCUCUCCCCAAAUCAUCCACUCCGCCGCCGCGGCAUCCACCUCCUCCACGCCGGGCCCUUCCUCCUCUUGUAUCACCACCGCUUCCACCCCGCUUCCGCACAGGCGCCGACUCCCUCCGCCGCCGCCAUUCCAGCGCCCGAUCCACGCCCCCCAGCGGAACCUCCGCGUCUUCCGGCUUGGGGGGGCCGCACGGACCCACGCCGCCGGCCACUCGUGGUUCUCCCCGUCAUCACCCCCGCCUCGUUCUCUCGGACUCCAGCAGUUCGUUGAGCUCGUCAACAGCGUCUCACACCCGGCGCCGCCCACUCCCGCCGCCACAACCGAUGCUACGAGGCAGGCAGAGGCGGAGGCGGUGCCCCUCGAGGUAGUCGCCAUCGAGGAGGAUGAAGAGGAGACGAAGCAGCAGGACGAGGAGGAGGUGAGGGGGAGCGUGGUAGUGAGAAGGGUGCCACUAUACAAGGAGCUGUACGAGGCGUCGCGAUGGAAGCGGGACGCCAAGCUCAAGACGCUCGAGUUUGAGGUGCGGUUCGCCGAGGAGGGCCGUCUUGGCCUUGAGCGGCUUGCCGAGGCCCUCCCACGAAUUACGCCAAAGAAGGAGGAGGUGCCUGAACCUUUUGUUCCUCUUACUGAUGAGGAUGAAGAAAUGGUUCGUCGGGCUCUUCAUGGCAAGAACAGCCGUGAGAGGUUAGCAGUACAUGAACCUUCAAAUAUUGUAAUAACGAGGGAGAUCCUUCAGUGCUUGAAUAACCAGGAGUGGCUAAAUGAUGAGGUUAUCAAUUUGUAUCUUGAUCUGCUUAAAGAGAGGGAACUAAGAGAACCUCGCAAGUUCUUAAAAUGUCAUUUCUUCAACACCUUUUUCUACAAGAAGCUGAUUUCCAGUGGGUAUGAUUAUAAAGCUGUUAGAAGAUGGACAACAAAAAGGAAGUUAGGGUACAGUCUAAUUGACUGUGACAAGAUAUUUGUUCCCAUACACAAGGAAGUCCAUUGGUGUUUAGCAGUCAUCAACAUAAGGGACAAAAAGUUUCAGUAUCUGGACUCACUUGGUGGCAUGGACAUGAAGGUCUUGAGGAACUUGGCCACGUAUAUUGUGGAUGAGGUCAAAGACAAAAGUGGCCAACAGAUGGAUGCGCUCUCAUGGAAGCAGGAAGGUGUCAAAAACCUUCCUUUGCAGGAGAAUGGAUGGGACUGCGGCAUGUUCAUGCUGAAAUACAUUGACUUCUACAGCAGAGAUAUGGACCUCAUUUUCGGACAGUGUUACUUCCUUGAGCCUGUUAUGAGUGUAUCUGGAAUGGCUGAUCCGCUACCUGUAAUUUUAGGCCUUCUUUGGCACGGCUCUAGCUCCUUGUACAUCGCACCGAGGAGCCAGAGCCAGUGA